UAUUUCUCAGAUCCAAUCAAUCAGCAACGCUAAACUUCGACUCCCGAUCUUUGUUGUUCUCCGUAGCUCCUAGUUAUCUACCGUACAGCUUGCCUUGGCGUCUAAUCAAAGGCUUUCAAAGGUCCACACCAGCUCCAGCCUGGAGCUCUACUCUCCACCAUCAAACUCGCCCGUUGUUACUCUACUUUUGGCACUACCGUGCCAAUUCCCAUCACUGCCGAUAACCUCGAACAAUUAUCCAGAGUCCACUUUCGCCUUCUUUUCUUCUUUGCAUAUCCACUCUAGGUUCGCGUCAUCUUAUCAUCUUCGACCGUUGAUCUCGUUCGUAUUCGAGCGUGGGAGCCACAGAGCUCUUCAGUCUCUUCUCCCACAGCCUCAAAGGGGCGUCUCCCUACCUCACCUAUGCAGCUUCUACCCUCGUUUGAUCACCUAAACAUAUCAACACGAUGAAAGCUGCUCCUCUAAUCAUCAAUUGGCAUGACCAGAAUGCCCCCGUUUACUCCGCCCACUUCGAGCCGUCUGGAAAGGGACGUUUAGCCACGGCUGGUGGUGAUAAUCAUAUCAGAAUAUGGAGGGUUCAGGUUGAUGGGGAGGACCGUAAGGUCGAGUACCUUUCAACCCUUUCAAAGCACAACCAGGCCGUUAAUGUUGUUCGUUGGGCGCCCAAGGGCGAGCUUCUAGCCUCUGCGGGCGACGAUGGCAAUGUGAUCCUCUGGGUACCAAGCGAAACACCCCAAACAGCAUUCGGAUCCGAUGCCCCGGAAGAUAAAGAGUCAUGGAGGGCAAAGCAUAUGUGUCGAUCUAGUGGCGCGGAGAUCUAUGACUUAGCCUGGUCUCCUGACGGAGUGUACUUCAUCAUCGGCAGCAUGGAUAAUAUAGCACGAAUCUACAACGCUCAGACAGGAACACUCGUGCGCCAGAUCGCCGAGCACAGCCAUUAUGUGCAGGGCGUCACAUGGGAUCCCCUCAACGAGUACAUCGCGACGCAGUCCUCCGAUCGAUCAGUUCAUAUUUACUCUCUAAAAACCAAGGAUGGGCAAUACACCCUCAGCCAAGACGACAAGACUCCUCGACUUGCCAGCCAUAUCAAGGCCGAUCUUCCUCCUCGGCGAAUCUCCUCGAGCAGUCCUGCUCCUCCCGACUUUGGCCAUCGCUCUUCGCUUGCUGUCCUCGAUUCUGCGCCUUCUAUCGGAUCACCUGUGCCUUCUGCACCCGGCACGCCUACUUCUUUCGCGCUUCCCAUGAACCCUCCCAGCGUCGUUAGCCAUAGCCGUCGAUCUUCGUUCUCUUCUCGGCGAUCUGUAUCGCCAGCGCCAUCUAUGCCUUUGCCGGCCGUCAUGCCUAUGGACCCCUCUCCGAAACCAUCGUCAACGUUGAGCAGCGGGUUGGGAAUGAAGAAUGCGAACCUCUAUGCCAAUGAGACGCUCACGUCCUUUUUCCGACGACUCACAUUUACACCAGAUGGCAGCUUGCUAUUAACUCCAUCGGGACAGUACCAAAACCAACACCAGGCUGAACGAGACGCGAAACCUACUUAUGAAGUGAUUAACACGGUCUAUAUUUACACGCGUGGUGGUAUUAACAAACCCCCAAUUGCCCAUUUGCCGGGCCACAAGAAGCCCUCGGUCGUGGUAAAAUGUUCUCCGAUAUUCUACACACUGCGACAGUCUCCUCCUGUCACGCGCAAUAUAACCAUUGACACAUCAUCUUCAGAGGAGCCUAUUCCAUCCCUUCCAGAACCUCUUUCGAAGCCAUCCCCAGCUCCUUCUGUCAUGGAUCCACCUCCUCCACCCUCAACCACAUCAGACGCAAAGACAUCGGGUUCAGAUACGGCUUCGGCUACACCAGGCCCAAAGCCUGCCUUUUCCCUGCCUUAUCGCAUGGUCUACGCAGUGGCUACACAAGACUCGGUCCUACUUUACGAUACUCAGCAAAAGACCCCUAUCUGUGUCGUCAGCAAUCUUCAUUGCGCUACCUUUACUGACCUUGCAUGGUCAAGCGAUGGUCUGACUUUAAUGAUCUCGUCUUCUGAUGGAUUCUGCUCAACACUAUCCUUUGCAGCUGGAGAACUGGGUGAAGUCUACAAGGGUGAAGUCGGUCCGCCCAAGUCGCAAACAGGGACCUCGUCUAAUCAAAGCACUCCCAUGCCUACCCCAACGACCGCGUUUGCUCCGCCUUCACCCUUUCCUAACGGCUCGCAUCACCACCAUCGCAACUCGGCGAGCUCUUUUACUGCCCCUUCGCCCCCCCAGUCAGCUUCACUUAUUUCUCAACGUCCCUCAUCUCCUGCGAGAUCGAAUUCGACGUCUUCAAUUGCGACUAUCACUACACAGGCCAGCACUGUGCCCGCAGCCGGUGUAGUUACCAAUCCACCUCUGAUUUCUGGCAAUGUUCCAGGCAUUGCAGCAGCAAAUUCUGGCAAGGUGACUGGUGUUCCGCUCACAACACCUCCUGAGACUCCUCGAAGUACCACAGGCAGUGUUGCGGGCACUAAGCGCGACGCCAGUGAAGGCGAAAAGGAAGACGGCAAGGAGCCCAAGAAGAGGCGAAUUGCUCCGACUCUGGUGGAGCCCAAAAGUUAGGCUUCAAGACGUGCUGAAAGGGGGUAUAAUACUGCUAUUUCAAAAGUAUGUUUUUUCUUUGUUUCUGCAGUGACAGGGUUGGGUGUGAUUCGGUCUUCACAGACAUGUGGAUCCGCGAUUUAGCAAGCAUGGGAUGGCGUUUGAUGAGUCUGGUUGAGACGGAUUGAUUUACAUGGGAUUAUGGCGAGGUGGUCGUCCUGGCCAGUCUAUGGGAUAUGAUCUCCGCCAGGUAUCAAGGUAGACGAGCUAUACAGCCAUGCACUCGGAUGGGAAAAUGGGAACGUGGCACAAGCCUAGGUAUUAUGUAGUCUACACAAUAAAUUUUGAUAGUCUGUUCAGACACUGCGCAUGUC